AUGGCCCGGCCGCUGGCACCCCCGGUCACGCAGCAGGUCGGCAGAGCUCUGGGCCUCGAGCUGCCGCCGGAGCCGGGGGAGCUGCAGGAGGCCGCUCGUUGCCUGGUGCUGGACGCGAACGGGAGGAGCAUUCCCUUCAAGGCCCUGUAUGGGGAGCACAAAGCGAUCGUGUUGUUCGUGCGGAAUUUUUUAUGUUACACCUGUAAAGAGUAUGUAGAAGAUCUGGCAAAAGUCCCCAAGGCAUUUUUACACGAGGCAAAUGUGAGGCUUAUAGUCAUUGGACAGUCAUCUUAUCAUCACAUCAAGCCCUUUUGCAAUUUAACUGGGUAUACACAUGAAAUGUAUGUAGAUCCACAAAGGGAAAUUUAUAAAACACUUGGCAUGAAAAGAGGUGAAGAUAAUAAUGCAUCAGUGCAGAGUCCCCACGUGAAAUCAAACAUGCUCCUGGGAAGCAUUAGGAGUAUGUGGAGAGCAAUGACUAGCCCAGCUUUUGAUUUUCAAGGAGAUCCUGCUCAGCAAGGAGGAGCUUUGAUUUUAGGUCCAGGCAAUGAAGUUCAUUUUUUGCACCUUGAUAAAAACAGGCUGGAUCAUGUUCCCAUUAACACAAUUUUGCAGCUGGCAGGAGUUAAACCAGUAAAUUUCUCAAAUAAACCCCAGAUUAUGGAUAUAUGACACUGACACAACAUAUGUGUUUUUAUUUCUGCUCUACAAGAACAAUUCUCCAGAGAAUUUCUACCAGCAUCAGUACUGUUGUCUUCAUGAGACACCUAGAAACCUUAUCUAGAAAAUUGGAUCACGGUACCAGCACUGAAGAUGGACAUGAAAAUGGUAUUUCCAUUGUGUGUAAGAAAAACUAAAAUACAUGGGAGGCUUGCUACAAAAAAAAAAUCCUGCAGAUUAUUAUUUCCUUAUAAAACAGUAAUGCUAAUAUACUUUUAAAAUCUUUCUUCAAGAUGCACAAAACUAAAAAAUACAGCUUUACUCAGGAAGACCUUGGGAUUCUUGCAUUCAGCAAAUCACACUGGCUUUUAAUCCAAUACUUCUCACCUAUGUUUUAAGGCUCCCAAUACUAUCUGACAGUCUUGUAUUAAAAUGCACCUUGAAAAAUCAGUUUCAAACACUGGGAUUUAAGCUUAUGUCUACAUUUGU